GUCAUUCUAUUUUGCGCACUCGCGCGGUGUUUCUGCCAACGGUUUGUAUUUUUAAAAAGUUUAUUUUAGCACGUGUAUAAAAGAAAAGUCUCUCAGAAUGCCCCGUAGAACACCAACAGCAGAACUGCAGGCCAGUGAGGCUUCGGUGAGUUCUCCCCUACGCAGAUCGAGCAGAAUAAGCAGUAAUACCACAGCACAUUCAUCCACACCUACCGCUAUUGUCACAAGAAGAAAUUCACAAACAGAAGCUGAAAAUAAUGCUCCGGCCAAAAUCACUAGAAGUAGAAGGUCAUCAGCAACAGAUGUUGAAGAAAAAAUAGAAACAAAACCACUAACAAGAACUCGUAGAGCAUCUUUGCUAGCUGAGAAUGAAUCUAAACCAGAUGCCAAGUCGACGCCGACUCGACGUGAAAGAAGAGGAUCGGUCACUGAAACAACGGAAUCGAAACCCGAAGAAAAGCCUAAACCAGUUCGCAGUCGACGUAGUUCUGCUUCAGACCAACCCACUCAACCAGAGAAGAAACCACAAACCCGUGGAAGACGUAGAUCGGUAGAUGUUGAGAUGGAAACUCAGGAGUCUUCACAGCCACCCAAACCAACUACAAGACGUAAAAGAAGCCCAGAGUCUGAAAACCAGAAUGGAGAAGUUAAUACAGAGAAAGAAACCAGGCCAAGAAGAAGUCGACGGGUAUCUACAGACGGUGAGGUGAAAUCAAAUACUUCAUCAAAUAGUAGGUCAGAAAAGGAAGAUGCAAGAUCUAUGUCAAAGAGUCCACAAGUAGUCGAUACCACGCUAGAAGAAAAAAAUGAUGAAGAUUUGUCCCCAAUUUUAAUGCAAAAUGUAACUAUAAAAUUAACACCCAUUAAAAAAACUAGGCUUCUAGAUAAAGUCGAAGCAGAAUUAGACCUGAGCGUUAUUAAUGAAAGCGUUGACGAUAUCAACACCAGUAAACUUGAUAAUUCUGAUUCAAAAGUCAAUGCUAACGAAGAUACAGGACAUUCAGAAAAAGAUGCACAACACAGAAAUAAGUCUACGUCUCCCAAGAACAAUGUCUCUAAGAAAAGACCUAGCACUAGUCCAGAUGGAAACCGUACUCCCAGAAAAUCGCCUAGGUUAAUGUCAAAAGAGUCUAAAGAUGUUACACCAAGUAAGGACUUAAAGCAUUCGAAAAAGCUAUCAUUUUCGGAGAAUAUUACAGUAAUUAGUCAUCAAGAUAAUAAGGUCAAAUCAGAAGAGGAAAAAUUAUUAAACCUCUCUGGUGAAAGUAGUGGAAGCAAUAAAGAAAACGUUGAUGUAACAACCACUGGUGCCCAAUCAAUAACCGACUCUGUACUUAAUUCAAGUGAAUUUAAGUUACAGUCGGAUUUGCAUUGUGAACCAUGUGAACCUAUGGAUGUAGAUUUAAGCGCAUCGGAGAUAGCAAUAUUGGAAAACAAGCAAAAGGAUGGCAAAGAGGACACGGACAGUAUCGAAAACUACAUAAUUGAAGAAACAGGAAAUUCAGUUAAUAUCAGUAUGAAACCUAAAGCCAAAGAUAGUAAUUUUACACGAGUAUUUGAAAAAGAAAUUGGUAAUAAAGAAUCUGAAAUACUAGAUAAUUCUUUGACAGAAAUCAGUAUUAGGCAUGUAACUAUAUCUACUAGUCUCAUUCAACCAAGGAAAGAAUCCACGUCUUUGAGUAAAUCCACAAGUCCUAUUCCUGGUGAAAGCUAUGAAGAGGUUGUCGGUUUGAAGCAGCCAGAUUUACAAACAACCAGUACAACUCUGCAGAACUACAGUCCUGAAAAGCAGACCACUAAUAAAUUAUUCAAUUCUGAAGCAGUUACAACUAAUAUGUCAGUUGAAAAGAAUGUAUCUGAGCGUAAGGAGCUAGAUUUAUCUUUAAGUCCACAGAAAAAAGUACUUGAUGAAAAUAUCACAUUACAAACGGAAAUUUCCAAGCCCAUAACAAAUUUAAAACACCAUCUCCUGAAUUCUGCUGUAUUAGCCAAUCAAGUGGAACAGCAAGAUUUUGAAAAAAGCUUAUCAGAAAAUAAUAAGCCUGAAAUUAGUUUUAACGAUUCAAUUUCUAGCAAGGAAGUUACUGAUAAUAAGGAAAAAGAUGUAGAAUGUACUGAAGAUAUAAUCAGAACAAGAGAUAUUGAUGAACUAGAAAACUCGAAAAAUACACUGGAGUUCAAUCAAAAGAAAAAUGAAACUGACGGAACAUCUUCUAGUACUACAGAAGUUUCUACAUCUUCAUUACAACAUAUUGAAACACAAGACAAACAAGAACAAGAAUUUCCUAUAAAUCAGUCAGCAAAUGAAGAUUUAAACAUUGCCAAUAAAAGUAUUGAAAAAUUCAGUUCUAGUAAUGCAUCACCUAAAAUUCAGUCUCCUUCAAUCUCAGGGAGCAAAAAGGUCUCAUUACAUAAUUCAGACAUACAGAAUAGCCCAAAAAUAAGCGAAAGAAACACUGUAUCUGCUAAAACAAAUGAAAGUGUGCCAUCGGAGUCCAAAGAGUCAGAUUUGACUCACUACGAUUUCAAUCUUCCUUCCGAAGAUGACGAUGUGUUUGCAAACGACAGUAAGUUAAACGAUGGAACCAAAGAACUGUCAGAUGAAGAAAACGAAGCAAAUGAUACACGGAGUCGUCAAGAAGUGAGUAUUAAUAAAGAGAACUCUGAAGAUCCGAAUUCUGAUGAGCAGGCUAGGAGAUCAGAAAACGAUAAUAACACUAACUUGGAACUUGAGAAGAGUGAUAAGCUAACCAGCAGUGAUAGUGAUGGGGUUAUUACACCUGAUGACUUAGUUAAUGAAGAUAAGGGCAUAGAAAAGAUAAAAUCUGAUAAGCAGGUUAUAGGAUCAGAAAGCGAUAUUAUUGAUAAAAAUGAUUCUGUGCAAAACACAUUAAAUGAAAAUUUGGAAAUUCAAGGAUUUGAAAAGGAAAAAUCUGAUAAACGGAUUGUAACAUCAGAAGACGAUAAUAGCGUUCUUCAAGAAUUUAAAAUUAGGACCAAAGAAUCUACCAUUGAGAAAGAUGGUUCUGUGAAAAAUAUAUUAAAUGAGAAUAUGGAAGUUAUUACAACUGAAAAUACAGCUGAUGAAGAUAAAAUCAAUAAUAAAUCCAUUAUUCCUGAAAGCGAUACCAGCAUUAACGAAGACUUGGACAAGAGCACUGAUAAUGCAUGUAAACAAAAAUCAGUAAAUGAUGAUUUGCCAGUUAAGCCUGAAAACAAAACUGUUAAGCCUGAAAACAAAACUGAUGAAGUUGCGUUUUCAGUCAGAGAAGCAAGUAGGGGUGAUGAUUCUAAAAAGAAUGUCUCUAACAGUGAAGAAUCGAACUUAGUAAUUACCAAACCCGACAACACUAAAGAAAAUGAUACAUUAGGGAAUGACAGCGAUUAUAGCGAUGAGGAAGUGAAGGAAAAUAAUCCUAAAACCAGUUCACCCGUUAGUGAUUCCAGUAAAACCCCUACAUUAAAUAUAAUAGAAAACAUUGUAAUACAUAAAGGAACAGAAGAACCCGAAAAUGAAGAGGCAAAUAUUCCUGUUAAGGACGAAAAAGAACAAACAACCACACCAUCUCAACAUGUACAGAGUGUUUCAGAUGGCAAAGAAAAUAAAUCAAAAAAAUCGAGUUUGCAAGCCUUUGAUAAUAAGCUGGAUAGUUACAUAAAAUCCCAACUGGAUGCCGACAGCUCAAGCGACGAGGAAAAAGUUGAAGUCAACGAUUUCAUUGAUGAUAUGGCAGAAGAAGGUGAAGAGGACACACCAUCUGAAGAUAGCAAUCAAAUAAUAGAUGAAGGAGAAUCUGUAGGUUUUAGUGAAUCUGAUGAAAGAAGCUCUGAAGACGAAUACGAACAUGAUUCCUUUAUUUGCGAUGAUGAAGAAGGCAACGAACUACUACCUGGAAAUGAGUAUGAUUUAGAUGAACCAAAUCAAGUUAAGAAGAGUAGAAUAAUCAGUCCAAGCAACCUUCCAGAUGAUGAGAUUAUACAGAUACAUGGAAAGAAAAAAGAACCAGUUAAGAGAAAGUCUAGAAUUAUUCGCGUUAGUUCAUCAUCCAGUGAUGAAGGAAAUGCUGAAGUUUUCGAAACUAAAAAUGUGCCAAACAAAAGAAUUGAGCAGCUUAAGAAGACGGAAUCAGUAAGAAGUACCAGUUCAGGUAGUUCAGUAAUUAUAUUGGAUAGUUCAGUGAAUGAAAGUAGUAAAACGGUUACAACAGAAGAUUCCCAAUUGGUGAGCGACUCGGCUGAUGAAAAACAACCAAUUGGUGAAGAAGUGGAACAACAAACUCCUGCUAAAAAGUCAACGGAAACACCAGUCAAAGCAGACAAAUCGCUUCAAAGUAGACCAAGAAAGUCUUCACUGACAAUCCAAGAAAAUAUUAUAGUGGAUGGUUCAGUAGAUUUAAGAAUAAGCAGAAGAAUAAAUUCGUUAGUAGAUUCAUUUUGUUCUUCUGUAUCAAAAGGUGAAAUCGCUGUAAAUAUCUCUUUGGAAUAUGAAGACACGAAAAACGAUAAUCUUCCAAAAGAAACAGAAGUGAAAAACGCGGAGGAAGAUAGUAUUAUUCUAAGUUCACAAACCAAUUCCGAUUCUGAUGAUUUGCAUGAUGUAGAGACUCCGGAAAGGAAACCACAAUCAAGUACUUCUUUAGAUAAUGUUCAAGAUUUGAGGGACGUUCUGAACGAGAAAGUGCGUAAACGAAGAUUGAGUAAGAGUCUGGACGAUCUGACUAAAAAUACAAAGCCGAAUAAAAAACGCAAAUUAGUAAAAAAGGCAAAGAAAGAAAAGAAACCUAAAAAGAAACAAUCGGAGAACCAAACAAGGGACCCGAUAGCUUCUAGUUUUAGUCUUGUCAAUCAACUUAUCACGGAUGUUAAGAACAGACCCAGGCGUAAAAUAAAACCGUCGCAGAGUAAUGCCGACGUCGUCACUUCAUGGAACGCUUCAGCUAUUGAAGAUUUAAAACCAUCUACGUCGCCGGCAUCAAAAAAAGAAAAAAUGAAACCUUCCACAUUGGGUUUUCAUCAAGGUUUUCAUCCCAAAGAUUUUAGAAAUAGAAUGUUAGCCGAAAAUUCGAGAGUUAACAGGAUAAAUACAAAAACUCUACUUAAGAAGAAAGGGGCAUUCAGUUAGUGAAAUGUUUUAGUUAGUAUUUUGUUAUUUUUGUUAGUUCCUUGUUUUUUUUAUAAUUAGCUACUACUUUAUACCAUUAUUAUUUAAUUGUUUUUUGAUUAUAAAUAAACGUAAGGUAUUUUUUU